AUGGAGGGGCCUGAUCAGAGCCUGGAGGUAACUGAGGUGCCUGUUCUUACCCUCACAGCUGCCGUAGAGUGCGAGCACCAUGGUCUUACCAGCGGCUGCGAGCUUCAACUGGAAGCCAGUGGAGAUAGUCCCCCGGAGGAGUCGGGGGUCCCCUGCCCGGAUGUUUACCAGAGCAUGAACCUAUCCAGGAAGGGACAGUCCCCCGCCCUGUGUUACCAGAGAACGCUGUUGUGUUGCCCAGGAUCACGCCAUAGGUUCUUACCAGAGCGCUAUCUGGGAGGAGGACACAUAGUGGAGUUGUCAACCGUGAUGGCUGCUGAUCAUGGAGUGGGCAGACCUUUUGCCACCAAAGAGGAAGAUGAGGCUAUCUCAAUAAAAGAAGAGGAGGAAGAUGUUUUGGGAGUGAAAAGGGAUGAGGAGGAAAGAGAGGAAGUGGAGACUGGAGAUCUGAUUGACACUAGAGAGAGACCAGACUCCCACUCUGACAGCGGGAAGAGUCCUUCAGGGGAACCAGACCCAGAGACGCCCAAACCAGCAAGAAAACAUCACUGCUCCCAGUGUGGAAAGAGUUUUACCUGGUCAGUGGACCUAAAACGGCAUGAGAGGACACACACAGGAGAAAAGCCUUUCCAAUGUUCCCAGUGUGGAAAGAGUUUUACCGUGUUAGCUAACCUGAAAAGACAUGAGAGAAUACACACUGGAGAAAAGCCUUAUCACUGUUCCCAAUGUGGAAAGAGUUUUACUCAGUUAGGGAACCUAAAACAGCAUGAGUGGACGCACACAGGAGAAAAACCUUACCACUGCUUCCAAUGUGAAAAUAGAUUUUCACGGUCAGUGGACCUAAAAGCUCAUGAGAGAAUACACACUGGAGAAAAGCCUUAUCACUGUUCCCAGUGUGGAAAGAGUUUUACCGUGGUAGCUAACCUGAAAAGGCAUGAGAGAAUACACACUGGAGAAAAGCCUUACCAAUGUUCCCAUUGUGGAAAGAGUUUUACUCAAUUGGGGCAUUUAAAAAAGCACGAGUGGACACAUACAGAAGAAAAGCCUUAUCACUGUUCCCACUGUGGAAAGAGAUUUUCACGAUCAGGGGACCUAAAAACUCACGAGACAACACACAUAGGAGAAAAACCUUACCACUGUUCCCAAUGUGGAAAGAGUUAUGUUAAGUCACGGUACCUAAAAAACCAUAAGAGAAUACACAGAGGGGAAAAGCUUACCCAAUGUUCUUAGUGUGGUGACGGGAUCUCUCAAAUAGAUGGUAUGAAAGAUAGUUGAGAACAAAGCCUUUAUGUCCCUACAGUGGAGAGUGUGUUACCAUGUUAGUUAACCUGAAAAUACAUAUAAUAAUACACUCUGGAGAAAAGCCUUUCCACUGCUCCUAAUAUGAAAAUACUUUUGCCAGGUUAGGGAGUCUGGAGUCACAUGAGUGGACUCACAGAUAACAGGAGCACUACAACCAGUUAGAGAAGAGGGGCACUACCACUGGUCCUCCUGUGGAACAUGUUUUAACCAGUUAGAGAUGAGGAGCACUACCACUGGUCCAGCUGUGGAACAUGUUUUAACCAGUUAGAGAAGAGGAGCACUACCACUGGUCCUCCUGUGGAACAUGUUUUAACCAGUUCGAGAAGAGGAGCACUACCACUGGUCCUGCUGUGGAACAUGUUUUAUUUAACCAGUUAGAGAAGAGGAGCACUACCACU